AUGGAAGACGAUGAUUGGCAAGAUCUGCAAGAACAAGUGGUCGGGAUGAUUCGGUUGUGCCUUGCAGAUGAAAUUAUGUAUCACGUUAUGCAUCUCAAAUCGGCGGAUGAGAUCUGGAAGAAACUGGAAUCGCAGUUCAUGUCGAAAACCCUAACGACAAAACUGUAUCUGAAGCAGAGGUUAUACGGGCUGAAGAUGCAGGAGGGGACCGCUUUAGGGCAACAUACUGAGGAGAUUACUUCAGCGUUGUUGGCUCACAACCAGCAGAAACAGAAAUCUGGAGAGUCGUCUUCUCAAAGUGACAACUUAUAUGUGAAGGGUAACCAGGAUCGUAGAAGAAGACAAGUGCGGGAUAAUUCAGAAAAUCGGAAUUUUAGAUCCAAGUCGCGAGACAAAUUGAAAGGGAAGAAAACUGUGACGUGUUAUAAGUGCAAGGAACAUGGGCACUUCAAACGGGAUUGUCCAAAAUGGAAGAAACAGACUGCUGAUAUGUCAUGCAAGUCUGCGAAUGUGGUACAAAAUAAGGAAUCCGAUUGCAGUGAUGGAGAUAUGUUAUCUAUUUCGACUGCGCAGUAUGAUGAUGCUUGGAUUCUCGAUUCUGGAUGUUCAUAUCAUAUAACGCCUAACAGAGAGUGGUUUGUUACUUAUAAACCAGGAAACUCGGGUUCUGUUUUUCUUGGUGAUGAUAGAUGUUGCGGUAUUGUCGGCAUUGGAGAUGUCAAAAUCAGGAUAAAUGGUUUCAUUCCCAAGGCUGAUGAGGAUAGGGAAACCAUUAAGAUUGUGAAGGGUGCCUUGACUGUGAUGAAGGGGAGGAUCACUGCAGGGAACAUUUACAAACUGUUGGGAAGUACAGUUGUAGAUGCAGAUAAGGUACAGGUGGAGUUAGAACAUGUUCCAGUAGUUCUUGAUAAGGGAGAGAGUUCGAGUUCUGUGCCUGAUGAUGUUGAUCAUAAUGUUUCUGGCCCAACUAAUGUGCCAGAGAGCUACAAGUUAGCUCGGGUUAGAGUGAGGUGUACCAAUAUACAAGCUCCGGUCAGGUUUGGUUAUGAGGAUAUGGUGGCGUUUGCUCUUAUGAUCACUAGUGUGGAUCCUUGUACUUUCCAGGAGGUUGUUUCUUGUGAGAAUAAUGAUAGAUGGAAGGCUGCCAUGGAAGAACAGAUGAAUUCUGUACACAAGAAUCAGACAUGGGAGUUGGAUGUUCUUCGCGAAGGGAAGAAAGCUAUUGUGUGUAGGUGGAUUUACACAAGGAAGUCAUUAGUAACAGAAAAAUGA